UUGGUUCCAUGGCAGAAAAUCCACAAAAACUGGUAAGUUGAAAGAGUUCUGGAGCACUUCAUCAAAUGGAGCCAAGACUUCAGCACGUCAAAAUCAGCAUAUGUGCAGUCCUUAUUGGCAGCAUCCUCCUUCUCAGUGAUGCCAGGUUAUUUGGUGAACAAAGAAUGUUAGAACCAACAGAAUUUGAGCCAUAUGCUCUUCCACCUUUGGAAUCACAACCAACUUUGAUACCAACACCACCGUUUACGGUGGUCUCACCUCCUCCGUCUUCUAAUUUUCCGAUCAAAAGCCCACCAAAUAACUUUGCUAUCCCGCCCAUGUACACGCCAAUUGCAAGACCACCAGAAUAUGAGCUUAACCCACCAAGUAUCCCCCCUAGACCGCAUUACCAUGGCCUUAGCCCACCAAUCUAUCAACCGCCUUUGGUUCACCCACCGAUCACUGCAUUUCCGUCACCGCCGCCGCAUAAAAAGCCGAAGUUCGCCGUCUGGUGUGUGGCAAAACCUACUUUGCCGGAACCAAUAAUUCAAGCAGCAUUGGACUAUGCUUGUGGGUCAGGAGCAGAUUGCAAGUCAAUUCAACCCAAUGGAUUGUGCUUCCAGCCGAAUAAUUUGGUAGCACACGCUUCUUAUGCAUUUAAUAGUUACUGGCAGAAGAAAAAGAUCGCUGGAGGCACCUGUGAUUUCGGUGGGACUGCGAUGCUUGUCACAGUUGAUCCAAGUUAUGACAACUGCCAUUUCGUCUCUAAUUGAUCAUC